AUGGACCCCGUCAUUAUAACGCCGGACGAUGUAGCUGAGACGGUCCGAAGGGCCCCGAACUGGAAAAGUCCGGGGCUCGACGGGCUGCAUCACUACUGGCUGAAGGGGUUCGUGGUGUGUCACGCUGUGCUUGCCCGACAAUUUCAAGAGGCUCUCGACCAAAAGUCGCUCCCGAGCCUCUUCACUACUGGGAUCACUCAUUUGGUUCCUAAAGACCGGGAUACCAUAGACCCGAGCAAAUACCGCCCCAUCACGUGGUUACCCACGAUAUAUAAGACACUAACAUCCAUUUUGAGCGCGAGAAUCACUCGUCACCUGAACUCAAAUCAGGUGAUGUCGCGCGCUCAAAAUGGAUGUCGGGGCGGUGGUCGUGGAACCAAGGAACCACUCCUCAUUGACGCGGUCAUUGGCAAAGUGGUUAAACGCAACCGUCGGAACCUAUCCGCCGCCUGGAUAGACUACAAAAAGGCAUUCGACUCGGUGCCUCAUAAUGGCUGGAGAGGGUCCUCGAGCUGUACAAGGUUGACUGUACAGUUAGAGACUUCCUUGGGCAGUGUAUGGGGCAGUGGAGUACAAUCCUUUGUCAUCUGA